UUCUUUUUUUUUUUAUAAAGGAGAUAAGCGAAUUAUUCAGAUUCCUUUCUUCUAAACCCAAUUCGCUCUCUCCAAUCUCAUUUUGAUCUAACGGUCUCAUUCUCUCGUUACUCUUCAAUUUUCUCGGGAAACCGAAGGAAAAAAACAGAGGUCCUAAACGAAUCUGGCGAAAACUUUUGAGAUUUUUCGAGGGUUGGGUUUUUUUUUUUUCGUAUUUUGAAAAAAUUUCCAUCUUCGGUGGAUCUAUGACGUACAGCGACGGCGUCGAUAAGACGGUGCCUGAGCUGAAAUUGAGAAUCGAGGAUUCCGAAAAUGGAGAUUAUGUGAAAUUAAGAGGAGGAUCGGAUGAAGAAGAAGGUUCUCCUGCGGGAUGUUCGAUAGGAUCGGUGACGUCUGUCUGGUUCUGGGUGAAAUUGAUCUCCCUGAUCGCUUGUUUUAGUGUCUUGGCCUUUGUAAUUAUUAAAUGGAUUGGUCCAUUUUUGAUCGAAAAGGAACUGAUUCCAUUUAUAAAUUGGGUAAGAAGCACAUUCAGCAUCCCGGUUCUCGGUCUUCUCCUCUUUGCCUCAGUGGCUAUAUUCCCAAGCAUUCUUCUUCCUUCUUCUCCUUCCAUGUGGAUGGCCGGUCUUACAUUUGGUUAUGGGAAAGGCUUUUUAUUGAUUUUAUCAGCUGCAUCAAUCGGUGUUACUCUUCCUUUCUUAAUCGGACAUCUUUUUCUCCACAAGAUGCAAGAAUGGUUGAAGCAAUACCCGAAAAAAGCAGCCAUACUUAGAGCCGCCGGUGAAGGAACUUGGUUUCAUCAGUUCCAAGCAGUCACGCUAAUCCGUGUCUCUCCAUUCCCUUACAUGAUUUACAACUACUGCGCAUUAGCGACUGGAGUUCACUACGGUCCUUACAUCUUAGGCUCUCUAGUUGGAAUGGUUCCUGAGAUCUUUGUCUCAAUCUACACGGGCAUAAUGCUAAGAACACUAGCAGUUGCAUCAGACGAGAGACACAGUCUUUCGGUUGUGGAAAUAGUAGUGAAUGCUCUUGGCUUCUGUAUAACUGCGAGCGCCACUAUAGUCUGCACAGUCUAUGCGAAGAAGAAGCUAAGUGCGAUGCAAGCAGAGGAAGUAGAAGAGACAUCGUAAUAUCCAACCAACAUUUUAAUAACUCUUUUCACCACCAAACAAGAUAUCAUCUAACACGAUCUUAUAUAUAAAUAUUUUGUUUGUUUUUUCUUUUGGUUCAUUAAAAUUGAAUCUCUCUGCUUUUUUUCC